AUGCGGAGGAGCAGCAAAGGCGGAAUUAAGUCCACGACGCUGAAAGACCCAACGGACCAGCUGUCAACAUCCUUUUACACGAAGAAUAACAUGGUUGUCACUUCCACGACCGUCGAGCCUCUCAAGAGUCACAGAAACUCCGAAUGCGUCGUCUGCAUGGACGAAUUUCCUGCGGAUCAGCUUAUCUACUUUUGUCCUCCCUCUCCUUCCGACGACUCAUCGAACUCGAACCCCUCCAACCACGGUUAUUGCGGCGGUUGCCUCGUCGAGGGUAUCCGCAGUGCAAUGAAAGGUCGUUAUCCCUUCCGCUGCUGCGGCAAGAUCUUCGACACAAAAGACUACCAAGGUGCCUCCUUGUCCGCAGACGAAAAGCAGGCGUACGAAGACAUGGUUGAGGAGCUCACCACGUCCGACCCGCUAUACUGCUCCAACCGUCAAUGUGGUAGUUUCAUCAAACCCGCCCUGAUCAAGAGUGAUCUCGGCCUUUGUCCCAAGUGCUUCGCCAGCACCUGCAAGCAUUGCCGUCAGGCUUCCCACCCAAGAUUGGUUUGUAAACAAGACCAAGAUACGCUCAAGGUGCUCACUCUGGGCAAGAAGCGUGGCUGGAAACUCUGCCCGGUGUGUGGAUACAUGGUCGAGCUGGUCAAGGGUUGCCACAUAAUUAAGUGUAAAUGUGACGCGUCAUUUUGCUACAGGUGUGGCGCCUCCAACGUGUCAGAUGUCGAUGACCGGCGCCACAUGUGGCACCCAAGCUGUUGGAGGCCAGAAGAUUACGCCAUCCAUGUCACACCCCCGAGACUGGAGCAGCCGCAGCGUCCUCGCCGUGGAUUCAUCGACAUGUUGGGUAGACUUCACGUUCAGUGGCGGUCUCUGGACCGAGAGUGGAGGCUGGAGUUGGAGCGGGACAAGUUACGCCGGCGGGAGUGGCCAAGAGAGCUGGAGAUGGAGGAGGAGCUGGAGACGCUCGAGAAUACGGCUUUACGCGCUCCGAAUCCCCUUCAGUUCGCGGCUAAAAACAACAGCAACAAUAUUAACCACUACCAACAAGCUAGGGCUAGGCCUCAGCAAAACGCCCAGCCUCACCAGCAACCUCGCCAAGAGCAUCACAAUCCCCUCAUCAAUCGCGAGCAUGAGCGUGGCCUUCCAUGGCAGCCUUUGAUGGUUGCGCCCCACAGGCCGGUUUUCUAUCAGCCCCAGGCGAAUCCGUGGCCGAAUCAGCUGCCCGAACCCCAAGGCCAAAGGCAGAGGCGGAGUUGAGAGGACAGCAUUUUACCCAUCCUCCUCCGCGUGUUCAUUCACGUGCCCAGUUAGUAGCAUGCAGCACGCGAGUGUGGAAAUAUCAGUGCAUCGAGACACUAGAUACUACAGUAUGCAUGUCAUUACACAUGUACCAGCAUCAGUCCCGGAUUACCGGACUCCCGGUGGCGAGGGUGGUACGCAGCGUUGGGGUGUCAGUAUUGGGGCUGCUUUGACGGAAUGGAAACACAGAAAAAAUUGGGAUGACAGAUUACUGCCGAGAUCGGGCAAGGUAUCUAGUUGAGUAUUUGGUUUUCUUUCUUUUCUUUUUUUUUUUUUUUUUUUUUCUUUUUUUCCUAUAAAAAUGCUGCUUGGAUGAUUGAGCGGUAGUCUUGACAGGCUGCUGCCUCGUUUCCCUACAGGAUCGAAAACAUCAUCAAGGUCGCCUGUAGUUAUCUUUGCAUCAAGGGACCGAACAGCGCGAAUUUGGAGCUGCCUCGUUUCGGUAUUAAGCUGUUGCUUCAGAUUCCAUUGACGAAUUUCCUUUCUCUGGGGGAUCAACACGUUGUUGGAUAUUUUCCACGGUAUGGUAGUAUAGGGACCCAGAUUGUCUGGAAAACUUGGUCUUGAAGGAAAUUUCAGUUCAUCAUGUAUCGGGUAGCCAUGUUAUUCUAACCUGGAUACAUUUUUCAAUCCCUCUUCCGCAACCCGUGAUGGUAAUCAUGAAGCAACACGGCACGGUCUUCUACAUGUAGUCUAUACAUACUUAUACUCCAGUCCAGUUAGGUAUCCAUCCAGCCGUAUCAGGAAGUUUA